AAGAAAUAGACCUUGAGACAGGAAUCCUGGAAACAAAAAGAGAUCCCAUUCCUUUAGAUGAUAUUUAUCCAGUCCACAUGAUUUUGGAUAAUAAAGAUGGCAUACAAGGGUCUUGCCAGUAUUUUAAAGAGAGAAUAAAUAUUACUGAUCAAAUAAGGACGAAGGAUUUGCAGCCUUGUUGUACGUACACAGAAGCUGUCGAAAAAUGGGGAGAGAAACUAGUUAUUGUUGCUUCCCAAGACCAGCGUUACAGAGCUUUAAUAGGCUGGGAAGGAGAUCCCGACUUAAAACUCCCUGACUUCUCCUAUUGCAUAUUGGAGCGUUUAGGUCGUGCUCGGUGGCAAGGAGAGCUUCAGAGGGACCUUCACAGUGGAGCUUUCAAAGUGGAUGCUGGAAAAAUCCAUUAUCACAGAAGAGUACUGGACAGAAAUGGUCUCAUAACAAUGCAGUCCCAUGUCAUAAGACUACCAACUGGAGCACAGCAGCACUCCAUUCUUUUGCUUCUGACUCGCUUUCAUGUUGACAGGCGGAGUAAAUAUGAUAUUCUCAUGGAGAAGCUCUCAAGUAUGCUAAGCACCCGUUCAAACCAGAUGGAAACAUUAGGAAACUUGAGAGAAGAAUUGGGUCUUUGUGAAAGAACUUUCAAGCGCCUGUAUCAGUAUAUGAUGAAUGCUGGCUUAGCCAAGGUAAUAUCUAUCCCUUUACAAAAUAUACACCCUGAUGGAGGACCCCACAAGACAAAGAAAGGGACUGAUGUCAUGGUCCGUUGCCUUAAACUGCUAAAGGAAUUUCGAAAGAAAAUGGAAGAUUAUCAUGACGAUGACGAAGAGGAGAUCAUCACCAAAGCUGUUCCGCCUGUGGAUAUUGUUUGUGAAAGGGAUAUGCUCACCCAGGCUUACGAGUUAAUUGAAAGCAGGGGAACCAAAGGUAUUUCUCAGGCAGAGAUUCGAAUGGCCAUGAAUGUGGGGAAGCUGGAAGCGCGAAUGCUCUGUCGUCUGCUGGAGAGAUACAAAGUUGUCAAGGGUUUUAUGGAGGAUGAAGGUCGCCAGAGGACAACAAAAUAUAUUUCAUACAUUUUUGCAGAAGAGAGCGAUUUAAACCGUCAGUUUGAGAGAGAGAAAGCUCGAAGUGAGCAGUUAGCUACAGUUACCUUGGGUCUAGUGCCAGAAGAUUCCCCCUCUGUGGAAGAUGUGUUUCCUGCAGAAGAAGACACCUUUCUCUCAGAGUCUGACAAUGAUGAAGAAGUGAAAUACAGCAAGAAGAAGGGAAAAGGUCAGAAGGCCAACUCAAGUUCUCUGUUGAAAUUAAGUUUCCGAGGUGGUCCCAAUCAGUCAACACCAACUAAAGGCUCAAAGCCAGCAGCUGUGAAAUCCAUAGAGAAGAAGCUGCCUUCUCCUGGUAUUCCUGAAGAGCAUGAGCCACCAGACAACUUUGCAGGGGAGAAUUCUGCUUUGGAAGCUCUGAAGCAGGAGCCCAGUCUUUCCACUUGUGCUCAAGCCACUGAUGAAGAUGGGGAUAURGCUGUGGUUGAGGAGGUCAGACUUGAAGACCCCAAGAUCUGUGGCCAAAAGAAGGAGAAGCGAUCCAGAGCAACGGCUGUGGAGCGCUCCCAUGAGACCUACAGGCUGCUCAAGCGCCGGAAUCUCAUCGUGGAAGCUGUCCGAAACCUCMGGCUAAUUGAAAGCCUGUUCACGCUUCAGAAAAUGGUCAUGGAUCAAGAGAAGCAGGAAGGCGUCUCCACCAAAUGCUGCAAAAAGUCUAUCAUCCGACUGGUGCAGAAGCUCUCACGAGAAGGGCUCCUCAGACUCUAUCAUACUACAGUCAUUCAAGAUGGCAUUAGUAAAAAGGUAGAGUUUGUCGUUCAUCCUUCCGUGAGCCCUAAUGAUCCCCUUGUAAAAAGUGCCAUUGAGCAGGUGCGUUUCCGCAUCUCCAAUUCAAGCACAGCAAACAGGAUUAAAGUUCCCCAGACACCAACAUCCCARGAACAUGCUGAUGAAGAGAACUCAGGGCAAGAGGCCAUCCCUGAGUCAGGAGAAACAGAAGAAAACUCUUGUAAAGCUGAAAAUAAUCUUCGGGCAAGGAAAACAGAUGAAAAAAUGGGCAUAACACAGUUAAAAAAUUACCACCCUGUUACAGUUCCCGGGCUUGGGCGUUCGCUUGGCUUUCUUCCCAAAAUGCCCCGUUUAAGAAUGGUCCACUUGUUCCUCUGGUACUUAAUUUACGGUCACCCUUUAAAUGGAUCACGACAAAAAGUAGGCAGUGAUGGUGAGAAAAAAGCCAACAAGCAAGGGCUGGACAUGAAUGCUGCAGCACUUCAAGCCCAACCAGAGGCCACAGAUGGGACUGCACCAAGUAUGACAACUGUGGUGUAUCCUGAAAUCACUGCACAAGAGACUGAAGUAGAAUUGUCUAAUGAAACAGUGUACGUGGAUGAUGCGACCUGGAUGCGCUACGUCCCUCCUCUGCCAGUUCAUAGGGAAUUUGGAUUUGGAUGGGCUCUUGUUAGUGACAUUCUGCUCUGCUUGCCCCUCUCCAUCUUUGUUCAGAUAGUGCAAGUCAGCUACAAGGUUGAUGGCCUUGAGGAUUUUUUAAACGAUCCACAGAAAAAGCACACGCUGAUCAGAUUUCUUCCAAGGUCAGUCCGACAGCAGCUUCUCUAUAAAAGGAGGUACAUCUUUUCGGUGGUAGAAAACCUUCAAAGAUUAUGUUAUAUGGGACUAGUUCAGUUUGGUCCAACAGAGAAGUUUCAAGACAAAGAUCAGGUAUUUGUGUAUAUGAAGAGAAACGCAGUGAUUGUUGACACCACGAUCUGUGACCCUCACUAUAACCUGGCUCAAAGUAGUCGCCCGUUUGAGAGACGCUUGUAUGUCCUGAGUACCAUGCAAGAUGUGGAAAACUUCUGGUUUGAUUUGCAGUGUGUCUGCCUCAAUACACCGUUGGGGGUUGUCCGUUUUCCUCGCACAAAGAGAAGUAACCUGCAAGGGAAGGAGCCGAGCGCCGCGCUGGAUGCAGAAAUGGAACAAGAGUCAGCAGUGGAUAAACACAAUCUGGAACGGAAGUGUGCCAUGUUGGAAUACACCACAGGCAGUCGAGAGGUGGUUGAUGAUGGGACUAUCCCUGGGGAUGGACUAGGAGCUGCAGGUCUGGAUUCCAGCUUUUAUGGACAUUUAAAACGCAAUUGGAUUUGGACAAGCUACAUCAUCAAUAAGACUAGGAAGGAAAGUACAGCUUCUGAAAACGGGCUGACAAUGAGACUCCAGACGUUCUUAACAAAGCACCCCCUUCCCCCCAGUACCGGAGGUAACAAAAUCAGCAUUCUGGGAGAAACAGAAGUAGAAUCUGAGUCGCUUCUGCAGAAAGAAGAAUGUGAAUUAAGUAAAGAAGCAACUCAGGAUAGAAACAAACGAGUGAGAGGUGGAAAAAGCCAAAAGAGGAAGAGGCUUAAGAAAGACACUGGGAAGAAGAUGAAGAAGAAAAAGAAAGAAGACAACUCCGUAGAAAAGAGCAAAAGGCUGCGCUACCAUGAUGAAGCUGACCAAAGUGCCCUGCAGAGAAUGACACGUCUGCGUGUCACUUGGACGGUGCAAGAGGACAGCCUGCUCAUGCUCUGCCGAAUUGCUAGUCAUGUGCUAAAUGCAAAGGUAAAAGGGCCCUUUGUUCCAUGGCAAGUAGUGCGUGAUAUCAUGCAUGCCAGCUUUGAAGAGUCCCUAGAUAAAACUUCUCAUUCUGUUGGACGAAGAGCUCGUUACAUUGUCAGAAAUCCCCAGACCUAUCUUAAUUAUAAAGUUUGCCUUGCUGAGGUUUACCAGGAUAAAGCCCUCAUUGAAGAGUUCAUGAAUAGAGAGAAUAACUACGAAGAUCCGCAGGUUUGUUCAAAAGAGUUUAAAGAGUUUGUGGAAAGACUGAAAGAGAAAUUCAGUUCAACCCUGGGCAAUCCCAAACUUGAGAUUCCUGAUACUUUGCAGGAACUAUAUUCCAGAUUUCGAGUUUUGGCAAUUGGAGAUGACACAAAUCAAAACACGAAAGAGGACAGUCUCACCAGCAUCUAUGAUAUUCAUUUUCUGGUGCUACAGAAUCUGAUUCAGAGCACUUUGGCACUCUCUGAUAACCAGAUGAAAUCUUGUCAGUCAUUUCAGACCUUCCGUUUGUACCGUGAGUACCAGGACGACAUCCUGGUGAAGGCUUUCGUAGAGUGUCAGAAGAGAAGUCUGGUCAAUCGGCGCCGAGUAAACCACACGCUGGGGCCAAAGAAAAGCCGAGCUUUGCCCUUCGUGCCCAUGUCCUAUCAGCUGUCUCAGAGUUACUACAGAGUUUUUACAUGGCGAUUUCCCAGUACAAUUUGUACAGAAUCCUUUCAAUUCCUUGAGAAGCUGAAGGAUAAUGAAAAAUCAGAUGAGCCAGACAACUUCUCAUUUAAAGAUCAAGACUGUAAAUCCUCAGAAAGCCUGACUGCGUUUCCUAUGGAUGGGCCUGGAGGCCACUGUGUGGCAAUGCUUUCCCUGUUUGCCUUGGGACUUGUAUCUGUGAAUGUGAGAAUCCCAGAGCAGAUAGUGGUGGUGGACAGCACUAUGGUUGAGAAUGAAGUGAUCAAAAGUUUGGGAAAAGAAGGACUGGAGGAGGAGGAGGAGGAGGAUGACGACUUAGAUGACAAUUCUGGAGGCAAACGGAGAAUAGAAGUAAAAGCUCGUCAAGCAUCUCAUACCAAUUACUUACUGAUGAGAGGCUAUUAUGCGCCUGGAAUUGUCAGCACCCGCAAUCUGAGCCCCAGUGACAAUAUUGUGGUUAAUUCCUGCCAAGUGAAGGUUCGGCUGCGAUGUACUCCAGUGCCAGGAAGACUCAGCURUCCAGAUUCUUCUGUGCUUGAUAAGAUGGCUGUGGGAGUCUCUUGCCUCCCAAAAGCUUUCACCAGACUGAUAAAAGUGCAAGAAGAAGAUUAUGAAGUUGACGGGUUUGUUCGUGAGUGUACAGAAUGUUACAGCUACAGUCCCGGAGAUGUGGCUGCUGUUUUGGAGAUCCGUAAUGCCAUAGAGGCGACUUCCCACUUUGGGAUUGGGAAAGCUGAGCUGGGCAGGCAUUUCUGCAGCUAUGAAGAAGUGGGGCCUGAACGCACCAGGAAUUUGCAGCAGUACCUACAGGACCUUAUUGAAAUGCAACAGGUUUUAGAAGUAGGAGCCCAUACUGUAAGACUGGUGGCAAUAAUAUUUGCCAAGCCAUGGCUGUUACAUUCAGUAUGUCUGAAGAAUAAACCAGAUGAUGCUGGUGAGCAAGGCACAGACACCCCUCUCUCAGAUACGCAGCAGGACUAUCUGCAGUCAGGACCAAAGAAUGGGGAGGAGUGCUCAACAGAGGAGGAACAGCCAGUAAAAGACUUAAGCUCUGUCAGUGAUGAAGAGCCUCCAAGGAAGAGACUUAAGAUUCAAAACGAUGAGCUUCAAGAUAGCAGCCAACUCUGCCAGAGGCCACAGAGCAGUCUGAAAAGUGAAAAUACCUCUGACGCAGGUGUUAAAACAAGGGACACUUCAGUUGCUGAUGAAGAAAGAGACCCCUUGGGAAGGCAGACAGAACCCCUAGCUCAAGACUCAGCAUGUGCCUCASAUGCUGCCAAUGUGGACACUCAGGAGGAACAAGACAGACCUUGUUCUGAGGACAAAGAGCUUCAAGCAGAGAAUGAUGAGCUCACCACUGAGCAGGCCAAGCAGCUCCCUGGCCUUGAAAAUCCUUCCAAGGAGCAGCAUGAUGAGGUUUCCCAUUUACAGGAGAACUCUGAAGUCUCUUCAGGAAGUUCGGUGACAGACCUAUCUCAGGCAGCCCGGGACAGGGCCUGCGAGAACAUCUGCUUCCUUGGGAGACCGUGGAGGAUUGUGGAUGGGACUCUGAAUAAACCUGUGUGCAAGGGAAUGAUGGAAGCUGUGCUCUACCACAUCAUGACAAAGCCAGGCGUAACGGAAAGCCUGCUGCUGCAGCAUUACACGGGAGUGCUGCAGCCUGUCGCCGUCCUGGAGAUCCUGCAGGGUCUGGAAGCCCUUGGUUGCAUCAAACGAUUCUACAUGAAAAAGCCAACAGCAGUGUCUCUUUUUUCUCAACCGGUUAUAGAAGAAGAGCUAAAUAAUCCCAAACUGAGUGAAACUCCAACAAUAUACUAUGAGCCUACCAUAGACUGCACUCUCAGGCUGGGAAGAGUGUUCCCCUGUGAGGUUAAUUGGAAUAAAUGGGUACAGCUGAUUCAUGUAUAAAAGAGGUUACGCUGAGUCAUGUUAACUUGGUUUUCACUGGCAGGAGUGACCAUGAAUGCAUUUGUGCUCUAUGUUUUUUUAGUAAGAAAGUUAUUUAUGCUUUUUACUUUUGAAUGUAUAUACUGAGAAUAAAAUCUAUCCUUAAGAUGCAAGUCCUCUUUCAUCACAUUUUAAGUACAUGAUGUAAUUGCUUGUACAACAUACACUUCA